AUGAUGACCUUCCAUUUAUGUUCGGAAAAAGACCUUGUGAAAAAAGUUGGCACUUCAUUCCGGAUCAAUGUAGCCGCAGCCGAUGGAUCUGUGAAAAAGUGGACUAUAGAUGCAAAGAGUAAUCCACCCUACGUUGGUCAGGAGGAGAAACCGGUGGAGAUCGAAAUAAACAUUAAAGACAGCGACUUCAUGAGUAUUGCGGCCGGGAAGCUAAAGCCGGACCAAGCAUUCAUGCAAGGGAAAAUGAAGCUGAAGGGAAACAUAGCAAAGGCGAUGAAGCUAAAAACUCUGCUUGACCCCAAAAUGCUUAAAGCAAAGAUCUAA